GUUCUAGCUUCGUGAGCUAAAGAAGUCAAGUCGGACUUGCCUUUGCGAUUACAAUUCCAUGGGUCUGCGAUAGCACUUACCUGAUGAUUUAGACUCUUAGAGCGCAUCACACCUACCCAUCAUUAAAUCAUAUACUCCAAUUAUUUAAUCCCUCGAACUUAAACUUACCUGUUACUCUCAUCGCCAUAUAUCUUCUACUUUACUUCUACUUCUACUUCUACUUUUACUUCUACUUUUACUUUUACUUUUACUUCUACUGAACAUCCGUUAUCGCUGUCAAACAUGGCGCCACCCGCAGGCAAACGCGUUAAAGGCGUACAGAUCUAUCGACCAUUCAUCUACGGCACCACCGCGCGUCCCUUCAACGACACCGACAACCCUCGGCCCGCUGGCGUUCCUGCUGACCACACGCACUCAUGGCAAGUAUUCGUCAAAGGCGUCGACGACACCGAUAUCUUCUACUGGUUGCGGCGUGUGCAGUUCAAGCUACACGAGUCCAUCCCGAACCACCUACGCACCAUCGACGCCGAGACCAUUAUCAAGGAGAAUGAGGGCAAGCCUCCGUCUCAGCGCCAGAAAGCCUUCGUCGUCAACGAGACGGGAUGGGGCGAGUUCGAAAUCACUAUUAGAUUAUACUACGAUAGCCGCAGCAGCGAGAAACCACAGACUUUAUACCAUCAUCUAAGACUACACCCGUACGGUCGCACCGAGGCCGAAAAAGAAGUCAUGCGUAACGGCGGUGAGGUCGUGGCCUGGGUGUACGAGGAGCAGCUCUUCAACGAACCCUUCGAAGACUUCUAUAAGGUCCUAACGACCGGCGCACGCGACAAGAACGCCUCAGCCGGCGGCAAGGGCGGAAAAGGCAAAGGGAAGAACGUGCAGCAGCAAUCCAGCAGCGGAGAUAGCGGCAGCGAAGUAAAAGAGCGCAGCGCCAUGAUCCCGCUGACCAAUCGUCCGGGCCAGCCCUUCAGCCGCGAAACGGAACAGCUCGAGAUUAAGAGGCUCAAGGAGGCCGAAGACAAGGUGCACCAGAUGGUGCUCGAGAUGACCAAAGCGGUCAAGGCCAAGGAGGCUGAGCUUGCGGCCCUCAAGAAGGAGGCUACGGCGGCGGCCGCUUCCGGCGCGUAGGGCGCGUCAAGGACUAGCGGCAGGCAAAAGAAUAAAAAAAAUGUUAUAGCUACGCGAGAGGACGAAGACGAAGACUGGGAAGAUGAAGGAAAAGUUAUAGCUAAGCGAGAGGACGAAGACGAAGACUGGGAAGAUGAAG